AUGAUACAAAUGAUUCGACUGAUGGAUGGUUUACUUCGAGCCGAUGGCCUGGAUUUACGUCUUACGCCAUAUUCCGUUCUUGCAACAUCCACGUCCGAAGGAUUUGUGCAAUUCGUCAAAGCUAUUCCUCUUCGUGAAGUGAUUUCAAAUUGGGGCACUGUUCAGGUUUUGUCUGAGUAUUGUGAUCGGCAUUUGCACAAUCUUUUGCUAUGUGAAAACGGGAAAAUGUUUCAUGUGGAUUUUGGUUAUAUUCUUGGACGUGACCCAAAACCGUUUGCGCCACCGCCGAUGAAAUUGACCAGUGAAAUGAUCAAUGGUAUGGGCGGCUCACAUAGGUAA